UAUAAAGGUGUUGCACCAGUAUAUCAAAGUUGUGUUGAAGUUAGCUAACGUUAGCUUAAUGUGUAAAGAGUAGAAUAAAUAUUGCUAAUUUGUCUUUAGUUGUUUGUAAAAUACGAUAGAGAUUAGUUUGUGUAAAUCGAGUUUGAGCUUGUAAUAUUUUCACGAGUAAUUUUAGACAAUGGCGCUGAAACAUUUCCGGACGUUGACACCAAUUUUAGCGGCUAACGUUACCUGUCACAGUAAAACAUCUGGACUGUCCAUAAAGGCCAGUUUGUUGCCAGUGAAAUCCUACAGCACUGCAACGGGAGGUGAAGACAGAGGAACAGCUGCGGGACAGACUGUGGUCACCGAGCGCAGGGGGUCUGUGGUCACCGUGGCAAUAAACCGGCCUGAGGUGCGUAAUGCGGUGAACCAGGAGACGGCGAGGCGUCUGCUGGAAGAGCUGGAGGCCUUCGAUAGUGACCCAGACUUAAACGUGGCUGUCCUGCAUGGGAAAGGAGGGAAUUUCUGCGCUGGUUAUGAUCUGAAAGAGCUGGCCAAUCACACAGCCUCCCUCAAAUUGGAGCAAGAUGUCACCAAGGGUCCCGGUCCGAUGGGUCCGUCCCGUUUGGAGCUGUCAAAGCCACUGAUAGCAGCAGUCAGUGGCUUUGCUGUGGCUGGAGGGCUGGAGCUGGCUCUGCUGGCAGAUCUGCGAGUGGUAGAGGAGAGCGCCGUCAUGGGGGUGUUCUGUCGCAGGUUUGGAGUUCCGCUGAUUGACGGAGGAACAGUGCGGCUUCCACGUCUCAUCGGUCUGUCACGAGCCCUUGACCUGAUUCUGACUGGACGACCAAUUGGAGCACAGGAAGCUCUCGCCUACGGACUCGCUAACAGAGUUGUUCCUGAUGGCCAAGCUUUACAGGCAGCCCUGGAGUUAGCAGAGCAGAUCAGCUCCUUCCCUCAGCAGUGUAUGCGGGCCGACCGCUCCUCAGCCAUGUACAGCUGCUACGACGCUCCCUCCUUCACACAGGCCAUGCAGUAUGAGAUCGACAACGCAGUUCCCGUCAUCCAAUCAGAAGCUGUCGCUGGGGCAACCAGGUUCACUACUGGAACAGGAAGAGGAGGAGAAUUCUCCUAGGAUUUUGUUUGCAGGGGCCUUGUGAAUUGUGUUUUUCAGGUGAUCUAACACAUCUUGUUGCAUCCACGUUGGAGGUCCACGGCUUUCAGACCACAUAAUGUAAACAUUUUUAAAAAGAGAACUCAACCACAUAACAACACCGAACAAGCCCAGUCAAUUUCUGUUCUGUUGUAUGAGUGUUUGAUGCCUAGAUGAUGAAGCCAGUUCAUUACCCAGCCAACUAUAUUAGCUUGUUACCCUAAGCAUCACUUCCUAUAUGUCAGAAGUAGGUUAUAGUGACUAGUAGAUGUGUGAAAUGCAAGAACAAAGCUGACUUUUUUUUAAGUAAUGCAACUCUAAAGCCUGUAUUCUACAAUCAGAAAAGGCUGAGAAUGUUCAUUUCUUUCACCCUGCUAUAUUUUUAGGUUUAAUUAUUACUUUUUAGGUUUGUUUUUGGAGAAAUGACAUCUAUACCAGAACAAUAAGACAAAAAGGUUAAGUGAGUCUAUGGUAUAUUUUGAAACCACAACUUGCAGUUGUUAUACAACUAUCAGUCGGCAAGCUCCACAUUUCAUGUCGCAGUGUCUUUUCAAGUGAAGGCUGUUUGGACCCUGAUGGUUGGGAGGGAAUGGAGCUCCAGAUCGAGCAUAGAGACAAAGCACAUAAGUUCCACCCUCUCCGAAAAACAAUAAAUUGCUCUCUAAUGACUUUGUAUUGGUGAAGGUGCCUCCUUAUCAUCCAUCUGAUAGCAAACAACACAAAAAUGCCUAAAAGCUGCUUUGUGGUGGGACGCACUACCAACAGGGGAGAGAAUCCAUGACUAAGUUUUAGAAACGGCAGAACUGAAAAACUGAGAUCCUGACACUCAGUAUUCCUACAUGCAGCUAGCAUUUUGCAAAAUUGGCCAGACAAAGUGAAGAGGUUAAAGCUAACUAAGCUGUGUAAUGACUGUUUUUAAUCUUUGUUGGGUUAAAUGAUGAUCUUACCUGAUGAUUCGAUCAAAUAGAUUUUAGUUAAAUAUCAAAGUAUGUCACUACUGGCCAUUCAGUGGGAACAUUUCUCCAAGAUAAGGAAGGUGAGGAGAAGGGACAGUAUUGAGUUGUCAAUGUAAAUUUUCCUCUCUAGUAGACAAAAGGUGCUAAAAUAGUCCUUUGACUGGCUGAGAUCCGUUUUUUUGCUAGCUACAGGCAUUUUGUGAGCAUUUCAGCCCUUGGUUGCACACUGUGGUACUGAUAGUUUUCCCCUCUGGUGGGCGUGUUUUUCAGAGGAUGAUGCUUUGCGCUCUAUCUCUAUAGACGGGGGCUUUAACUUUUAUUUUCUUGAUGCAAAACACACACGCAGCUAUCUUUUCUCCUUGCCAAAACUAGGCUUAACUCAUGUACCAGCCUGUUAUUCUGAUCUUUUUUUAUUUGAAUUCUAGAUAUACAGGUUGUUUAAAGAAGUCUUGCACCUUUAUUUUUUUUCAAAGCAGAUCAUCAAGGAGAAUCACUGAGAAGUCUUUAUGUGCUGGGCAAUGCAGGGCUAUAGGAAGGCUGUAACCACAAAACUAAUCCAACACAAAAGACUAAAAAGGCAUCAAAAGCAAGAAACCUGCAGCAGCUCGCCAUUGUUCCUUUGAAAAACACUUGAUUACUGGGAUAAGACGUGUGUUGGCGUACAUGCGCGUGUGACCUAGUAACCAUAGCAAUAUACUGUAAUUAUUGCAGAAGAUUCAGCACUUUCUGUCAGAUCUGUGCCAGGUGUAAGCAUUCCUAUGGUUUUGGAGCACGCUUCCCCUUAAUUUUGUGUGUUGGAGAGACGUGUGUGUCUGUGUGUAUCGUACUUAAACACAAAACACACAAAAAUCUCUGUGUGUGCAAGUUUGUGUAAACUCUUUUGUGACCUUUUAAUGCUCUUUAAUAAAACUGUCUUGCAGGAA